AUGUAUCAAAAGGCCCAGCGGGACGACGGCAGGCGCGCCCUCGAGCGGCAGGCCAGGAAGUGGGAGGCGGACAGCGAGGCUCUUUGGCAAGCGCUCUACGAGAGCCGUACGGAGAACGAGGAGCUUCGAACGGCGGUGGUCGCGCUGAGUGGUGAGGUCAAGCUGCUCGGCGAGCGCGUCGAUGACAAUGCGGCGGCGGCGUCGAGCCGGCAGAGCGCCCUGUCUGGCGAGGUUCAGGCCGUGGCGUGCGAGGUGGUCGCCCUGCGUUCGCGCGCGGCGGCGUGCGAGAGCGGUCUCGAGGCGGUGCGUGGUGAGCUGCAGCGAGAUGGCACCGGGCGCGACCUCGCGAUCGUGCGAUCGGAGCAGAGCUGCCUCUCCAACGCGUCGGCGCGGCUGGAGAAGGGCGUCGCCGAGCACUCGAGGCUGCUCAGCGACGUGCGCGCAGAGCUCGCCGGUCUUGCGCAGAGGCAUGCCGCGCUCAACGCCAGCGGCGCCUCGGAGCAGGCGGCGGCGCAGCAGGUGGCAAGCAGCCUGCGGUCGGCGGUGGACGAGCUCGCCCUCAAGCUCGACAGCCUCGCCGCGCGCGUCGCCGCCUUUGGCACCGGCGACGCCUUCCUGCGCGGCAACGAGAAGCUGAAGCGGGCGGCGAAGCGGCACGAGCUCAUGCUGACGGCACUGAGCGAGGCGCACGAGGCGUCGCGAACGGAGCUGCGCUCGCUCAUCCGGGAGCUGGCCGCGCAGCUGCUCCCCGUGCAGCAGGCGACGCAGGCCCACGGCGAGCAGCUCGACGACUGCUGCGCCGCAAUCAACCUCUUUGCCGAAGCGAUCCGGCCCUCGCACGGCGAGGCGGCGGCGGCGGCGGCGGCGGCGGCGGCGGCAGCUUCGGGGGGAGGGUACAGCGGGGGGGCGGCGAGAGGUGGUCGCAGCGACAGAGAGGCGCGCGGUGGAUCCGCACGGCGUCGGUCCCGACCGUCGGCAAGCGGCGCCUACUCGCAGAUGUUGCAUGCAUUUCGCAGCGAGGCCGCGGGCGGCGAGUAA